UUACAGAACCUAUAAAAGUCGGGUGGAGGGGAGCGUGCCCAUAGAAAAAUAUAAGUUUGUCAUAGUAUAUAUUUUUCUAUAAGAUUGUUUUUUUUUUCUCGGACAAAAAUUACAGCCUUGAUUCGAUUUUACAUCCCAACAAUCUUAGGAUGAAGCAAGAACGAAUUCGUUUAGGUUUAGACUAAGAAUCACAAAUUGACUAGCCCAUUCACAUAAAAAAAUAUCCCAGAAUGUCGUUCUUUGUUGCAAGUUAGGGUCGUAGAUUUUCCACAAGUUGGGUACUCCAGGAAUCAAGAAGAAGACACAAAUGUACCCACAAGACCUGCAACAACACCAUCCCAAGUUACUCCCGAAGCGUAUAAUCUUGGUACGCCAUGGCGAGUCCGAAGGGAACCUCGACACAUCAGCGUAUGCGACAACCCCGGACAACAAGAUCCCAUUAACGACGGUGGGUCUUGCUCAGGCGCGUCAGGCCGGAACCCAUUUGCAUUCAGUCAUUUCUGGUAAUGGGUCUUGUCCUAACUGGCGCAUCUACUUCUACGUUUCCCCUUACGAGCGUACCCGCUCGACGCUUCGUGAGAUUGGGCGUGCAUUUCCGAGGAAUCGGGUGAUCGGAGUGAGAGAGGAAUGCAGGGUUAGGGAGCAGGAUUUCGGGAAUUUUCAGGUUGCGGAGCGAAUGGAGGUGAUCAAGGAGAACAGGGAGAGGUUUGGGAGGUUCUUCUAUCGGUUCCCGGAAGGAGAGUCUGCCGCCGACGUCUUUGAUCGCGUUUCCAGUUUUCUUGAAUCUCUCUGGAGGGACAUAGACUUGAACCGGCUUAAAACUGACCCGUUCCAGGACCUAAACCUUGUAAUUGUAUCCCACGGACUUGCCACACGCGUUUUUCUCAUGAAAUGGUUCAAAUGGACGGUUGAACAAUUCGAGGGCUUAAACAAUCUUGGGAACUGUGAGAUUCGGGUCAUGCAGUUGGGACAAGGCGGAGAAUACAGCCUAGCCAUCCAUCACUCAGAAGAAGAGAUGCUGGAAUGGGGACUUUCACCUGAGAUGAUAGCCGACCAAAAAUGGCGAAUUCAUGCCAAUAAGGGUGAUUGGAACGAUAACUGUCCUUGGUACUUUGAUGAUUUUUUCGAUUGUUUAGCAGAUUCAGACGACUAUAUUAAAAAUAGUGAUGAUACUAACGAUGAUUCUUUGAUUCCAUGUACAUACACUGACCAGUAAUUGGGUUGAAAUUAUUUUGGAUUCAGCUGGUACUUUGACUGCACUGUUGCUCAAAAUUAUGAAAUAUCAGAGUGGAUUU